AUGACCGACAUCUUCCACUACCACGGCUUCCUCGCCCCCCACCCUCCACCCAAUCCCACCCCGAAGCCCUCCUCGCCACCCACCACCUCCUCCGCACCGCGCCCCCGUCUCCUCCUCGCCGCCCUCCUCCUCCCCGUCUCCCGCGCCUUUCUCCGCCGCCGCGCCGGACCCGUCCUCACCGCCCUCCUCCCGCCCAUCAACCUCCGCGCCACCUUGCGCGUCACCGGCGCCUGCCUCGUCCUCGCCCUCCCGGCCUCCUUUGCCGCGCAGACCGUGCACUUGCGGCUGCGCGAGCGUCGCCUCGGCGUCGAGGACACGCGCGCCCGCGCCUGGUGUCUCCUCGCCGACCGCGCCGAGCGCGAGAUCGACCGCUGCACGUACGCCUACGGUCUCGGCGCUCUUCUCUUCGUUCCCUGGGAUCGUGGCGUCGGGUUUCUCAGGCUGCUUGGUGGGUUUGGUCUCGGGAGCGUCGUUGGCGUCGUCGCGUGGGGGUCUGGAGGGUGCGUGGCCCCUCGCGAAGCGGGUUGUUGGCUGGGGGUGGACUCCGACGAUCUCGCCGCCGUCGGGGCCGAGGACGCCGUUGCCGCUGCUCAAGUAGACGUGACUGCGGCCGUGGAGGAGUCUCGGGUUCAGCACCAGCCCUAA